AUGCGGAACUUGCUUCUCGGGGCCAUUGCCCUACCUCUCGCCGUCCUUUCCCAUCCCACCAUCCACCAGUCGAGCGGCCUCUCUCGUCGUGCGGUUGACGUGAAUGCAUUCCGCUUGGUUUCUCAGGCGAAGUACGUCAAUUCGAUCGACACUGCGAGCGACGCUACUACAUCGGCUGCUCCAUUCAAGGAGCAGACCUACGUCGAGGCUGCGACUCAGCUCAUUAAGACCAUUUCUCCCGACACUACUUUCCGUCUUGUUAAUGAUCACUACGUCGGCAACAAUGGCAUUGCUCAUGUCCAUUUCCGUCAAACCGCGCAUGAUAUUGAUAUUGACAAUGCGGACUUCAACGUCAAUGUCGGAAAAGAUGGAAAGAUCUUCUCCUAUGGAAACUCCUUCUACACUGGCAAAGUCCCCGAGGCCAAUCCCCUGGCUAAACGUGAUUUCUCUGAUCCCAUCGCUGCCCUCCAAGGUGUUAAGAAUACCUUGAAGCUGUCGAUUUCCGUAGACAGCGCCUCGACUGAGGCUUCCCAUGAGAAGGAAUCGUAUACUUUCAAGGGAACCAAGGGCACCGUGUCCGACCCCAAGGCGAAGCUUGUCUACUUCGUGAAGCCCGAUGGAAGCCUGUCGCUCACCUGGAGAGUGGAGACAGAUGUUGAAGAAAACUGGCUUCUGUCGUACGUUGAUGCGAAGGACAAGGAUAAAGUCCACGGCGUGGUUGACUACGUCGCUGAAGCGGACUAUCAGGUCUUUAAAUGGGGCACCAACGAUCCGACCGAGGGAGAGCGAGCCAUCGUCAGCGACCCCUGGGAUUUGACUGCAUCUCCAUUCAGCUGGAUCAGCGACGGCAAGACCAACUACACCACCACACGUGGCAACAACGGUAUUGCGCAGUCCAAUCCUACCGGCGGUUCACAAUAUCUCAACAAUUUCCGGCCCAAUAGCCCCCAGCUGAAGUUCACCUACCCCUACAGCUCAACCAUGUCUCCCCCAACGUCCUACAUCAACGCAUCGAUCACUCAGCUUUUCUACACUGCCAACACCUACCACGACCUGCUGUAUGUCCUCGGCUUCGACGAAAAAGCCGGUAACUUCCAGUACAACAACGCCAACAAGGGCGGCCAAGGAAGCGACUAUGUGAUCCUCAAUGCCCAGGACGGCUCUGGUACAAACAACGCCAACUUUGCCACACCUCCCGAUGGACAACCCGGACGUAUGCGCAUGUAUACCUGGACUGCAUCCCAGCCCAAUCGAGACGGUAGUUUCGAAGCGGGUAUUGUGAUCCACGAAUACACCCACGGCCUGUCCAACCGUCUCACCGGCGGACCCGCUAAUGCCGGCUGCUUGAAUGCCCUGGAAUCCGGCGGCAUGGGCGAAGGCUGGGGUGACUUCAUGGCAACUGCCAUCCGUCUCAAGUCCGCUGAUACCCACUCCACCGACUACAGUAUGGGAGAAUGGGCUGCGAAUCAACAAGGUGGUAUCCGCAAAUACCCCUACUCGACCUCCUUGAACACCAAUCCGUACACAUACGAGAGCGUGAAUGAGCUGAACGAAGUGCACUCCAUUGGCACCGUCUGGGCCACGAUGCUGUACGAAGUAUUGUGGGCUCUUAUCGAUAAACACGGAAAGAAUGAUGAGCCCAAGCCCAAAUUCAAGGAUGGAGUCCCAACUGAUGGAAAGUACUUGUCGAUGAAGUUAGUCAUGGACGGAAUGGCCUUACAACCCUGCAACCCGAACUUCAUUCAGGCCCGCGAUGCCAUCAUCGAUGCCGAUAAGGCUCUGACCAACAGUGCCAACAAAUGUGAGCUCUGGAAGGCCUUUGCGAAACGUGGUCUAGGCGAAGGCGCUAAGUACAGCCCAUGGGGUCGUACUGGUAGCACUACGGUUCCUUCUGAUGCAUGCUAA